AUGGCGUGGAACGACGACCUCCUCCUCAAGGUGGCCAACAUUGUCGCCUACGUGUUCUUCACCACGGGCAAUGUCUACUCGCAGCUCGGCGUGGGGGCCAAUCCCUACGUGCAGGAGACCUACCUCACCCCCGAGCGCUGGAUCUUUGGCGUCUGGCCCUUCAUCCACUUCCUCUUCCUCGGCAUGGUCGUCUACCAGUUUACCGACUCUGGCUCGACCCACGUCGUGCACGGCAUCGGCUGGCGCUUCCCCGGUCUGUGCAUCCUCAACGCCAUCUACUCGGGUCUCAUCUCGGCUCAGGUCAAUGCGCACCACGAUCGCAUCUACGCCAUCCUGGCAUUCAUCGUGAUGCUCCUCAUCGCCGGAACCGUCUCGCACUGCUACCGCUCGCUUAAGGUGCACCACACGGCCAACAACUUGGCCGAUACGCUCUUCGUCCACCUCCCCUUCAGCCUCUACCACGGCUUUGUCGUCGUGCUGCUCUUUGUGCAGGGCUUCGAGGCGUUUGGCGUCAAUGCGCUCACCCACAAGGCGGGUAUCAUCACCAAAGUGGUCGUCUUCCUCUCGCUCCUCUUCCUCGAGUCCACCGCCGCCGGCUACGUGUGGUACUCGGAGGGCGACGUCGCCGGUGCGCUCGUCAUCAGUCUGAGCUUGCUCGCCAUCUUCCAACACCAGACCAGCAGCAAGUUCAUCCACUGGUCCGCGCUGGUCUUCUUCAUCAUCAGCCUCAUUGCUGUGCUCCGGGCCGUGCUGUCCAUUUUCACCAACAGGAACCGGACCGCUGUGACCGACGAGGAGCGCGCCCCUCUCGUCGGUUGA